CCAAAAUACGAGUCCCUAAAAAGCCAAACCGGUUCAUCUUGUCUCGAACUUUCUCGCCUUCUUCCCCACCCUAACCCUUUCUCGCCGCCGCCGCCGCCGCCGACGACCCCUCUUCCGCUGUUACCGACCUCUGCCGCCUGCCGAGAUGGAUGACAGUUGCGCGGUGUGCGCGGACGCGCUCGAAUGGGUGGCUUACGGGCCAUGCGGGCACCGCGAGGUGUGUUCAACCUGCGUCGUCCGCCUUCGCUUCGUACUCGAGGAUUCUCUAUGCUGCAUCUGUAAGACGGAUUGCCCCUCCGUCUUCGUCACAAAGGCCAUGGGAGAUUACACAAAAGUGAUCUCGGAUUUCUCUGUUUUGCCCACUGAGGCAAAUGAGGGAAAUGUGGGGGAGUACUGGUACCAUGAGGAUACAAAGGCAUACUUUGAUGAUGCUGAUCAUUAUAAGAUGAUAAGGGCGAUGUGCCGACUUUCUUGUAGUGUAUGUGACAAAGCUGAGGACCAGGUUGGUCAGGCAGCACAAGCAAAGCGCCGAAGCAGGUUCAAGAGCAUUGAUCAGCUAAAGGGACAUUUGUUCCAUCAGCAUAGGUUAUACAUGUGUAAUCUCUGCUUGGAGGGGAGAAAGGUAUUCAUUUGUGAACAGAAGCUUUAUACAAGGGCACAGUUAGCUCAGCAUACAAAAACUGGUGACUCUGAGGUGGAUGGCUCUGAGAUUGAACGCAGUGGUUUUGCAGGACACCCAGUGUGUGAAUUUUGUAAAUAUCCAUUAUAUGGAGAUAAUGAGCUUUACACACAUAUGUCCAGAGAACACUAUUCGUGCCACAUAUGUCAAAGGCAGCAUCCUGGGCAGUAUGAUUAUUUCCGAAACUAUGAUGAUUUAGAGAUGCAUUUUCGUAAAGAUCAUUUCCUCUGUGAAGAUGAUGCAUGUUUGGCCAAGAAAUUUGUUGUCUUCCAGAGUGACGCAGAGAUCAAGAGACAUAAUGCUAUGGAGCAUGGUGGGCGGAUGUCUCGUGCCCAGAGGAAUGCAGCACUUCAGAUACCUACCAGUUUUAUAUACCAAAGGAAUGAGCAAGAUCAAAGGCGUGGCAGAGGUAGGGGUCGUAAUGCUCACCAUGACAGACCUGACAGGGAUUUCUCAUUACCUGUGCGGGAUGGCAGUGCAACUGCAGACCAUGGCCUUGGAAGUCGAGUUGAUAGUGUUGCAGGGCCUUUCCAGUCAUUAAGUGUCAGUUCCAGUUCUGGUCGAACAGAAACUGGUCGAAGCUUAGGGAAUGGUCGCGUGCUCGAGCAGUUGUCUUUUCCUCCACUUCAAGACCAGGAUAUUCCUGAUGCUAGGAUGGAUGCUGUUCCCUAUGAAACCUCGUUUCCUCCCGUCUCAGAGCAGCAAUCAAGGUAUGCGCUGGCUCUUAAUCAGAGCUCAAGGGGUUCUGCGAGACUUGGUGAUGAAUCAUUAUUCCCUCCAUUGCCUGGGUCAAGUAACAAGGGUUCUGCUUCAACACAACAGGGGCUGCAAAGUCUUGCUAAGAACACACUUGCAUCAAGGCUGCAACAACGUAGUAAGGGCACCGUGAAGGUACUAUAUUCUGCUCAGUCUCAAACAGCUGAAAAUCCUGAGAUAGUACCUCAUGUUUCCACUUCCACCCAGACAUGGCCUACACCUGACCAGGGGCUACAUAUCUCUGGUUCUUCUCAACUUCGGAUUGCAACUCAAUCAACAAGAGAUAAUGGGCUCAUGCCAUCUGUCUCCAGCGGUUCAGCAUGGAAUUCCAGAGCUUCAAACAAGAUGAAGCACUCUAUUUCGACCCCUAAUUUUGUUUCUGGUGGGUCCUCUGCCCAGGCAUCAUCAAGUACAGCUUAUGGCAAUAAAAAGCAACUGCCACCGCAAAGCAGCCAACCUUUGCCUGUUGUGGAGGAUGUUCGGCAAGCAAACAAAUCCCUUGUGGAAAGAAUGCGUGUUGCAUUAGGAAUGGAUGAGGAUAGGUUCUCUGCGUUCAAAGAAAUUGCUAGUGAAUACCGUCAAGGCGUCAUUGAUACUUCAGAGUAUCUCUCGUAUGUGGAGCAGUUUGGUAUAUCACAUCUUGUUCCUGAAAUGGCUAAGUUGUUGCCUGAUCCUCUGAAGCAGAUGGAACUUGCUGAUGCCUAUUACACCAACAUGCGUUUUAAAAGUCUCCAAGAAAAUGGCGGUUGUGAAACCAUUACUGUGAAAGAGAACAAGCGUAAAAAUAAGGGGAAGGGAAAAACACCUGAUGCAGAAACAGCUACUGCUAAGGAUGCAAGUGAAUCGCUAGCAGAUAGCUUUAUGGACACUGUAAGGAAGCUUCAGUCGAACAACAAGGCUCAAGAAGGAGAGGCUGCAGUGCUUUCGAAGGAUGGGUAUCGAUCUUCCAAGGAAAAAAUCCCACUAUCAGCUGGAGGGUCAUCCUGUGGUACAAAUAUGGGUCUAGACGGUGAUCCAGUUGCCAUUUCAAAGGCGUCUGGCACUAGUAGGUAUGUGGGCAAGGGUGGAGGAAGCACCGGUAGCAGCAGCAGCAGUAACAACAAACAAUCGAAGAAGACGUCAAAGUUUCUCAGAGCUCGGUUGGGUGACAACUCAUUGGCUACACUUGAUUUUAGUCAUCCUGAUGUGAGCCCUGAACGACCUGAAAGGGAGACACAAGUCCUGCAAACUGGGUUGCCUGUGCGAAGUGUUUGGAAGAAUGGUGCAGCACAGAAGCUCUUUUCCAGCAAUGGAAAGAAAUAGCAUCAUUUUGUGCAGACGUAAUUUGAUCCAUUGAGCUGGUUGGCAGUAAAUGUGCACAUUUUGUGAUGUGUGUUUUGCUGCUUGGAGAAGGCGCCGUCUAUGUAGAAGGUCGCUUCGUUUGAGUCUAAUUCGGUUUCGUACUGAAUUUGCUGGUUGAAAACCUCAAAAAGUGAGGAUGGAACUUGAAUAGCCUGGCUAGCUAUACCUUUGUCAAAGUGUAGACUGUAUAUUACAUGAAUUCUACCAAUGAUUUUGUGGCUUGCAUGACUUCGAUUUCUACCAGCCUACAUGACUUUUGUUGCCAGCCUCUUGUAUUUACCGUGUGGCAAGACAACUGUCAAUAAGAGCAUCUCCAACACAUGAUGUAAAACCGUCGCCCUGCUGUGCCCAAAAAACUGCCAUUUGGGGCAUUGGGAGACAAAAAUAUUGUUCCAACAGAUGUAUCUUUGUUACAAAACUGCCAUCUGGGGAGUUUGGAGGCAAAACAUUGUUCCAACA